AUGAAGCUGAAGCUGCCAAACCCGGGUCUGGAAGACCGGAUUCCAAGCCACCAGCAGCUGGAGAAGCUGGAGGUGGAGGAGGCUGGGGAGAGACCCAAAUGGGACAACAAAGCCCAGUACAUGCUGACCUGUGUGGGUUUCUGUGUCGGUCUGGGGAACGUCUGGAGGUUCCCUUACCUGUGCCAGAGCCACGGAGGAGGAGCGUUCAUGAUCCCUUUCCUGAUCCUGCUGGUUCUGGAGGGAAUCCCACUUCUCCACCUGGAGUUUGCCAUUGGCCAACGCCUGAGGAAGGGCAGUGUGGGAGUGUGGACAGCCAUUCACCCCUAUCUCACUGGUGUCGGAAUUGCAUCCAUGUUUGUCUCCUUCCUGGUUGGUCUCUAUUACAACACCAUCAUUGCCUGGGUGAUGUGGUACUUCUUCAACUCUUUCCAGGAUCCACUGCCUUGGAGUCAAUGUCCUCUUACUGGAAACCACACAGCAAUGGUGCCAGAGUGUGCACGGAGCUCCCCAGUGGACUACUUCUGGUACAGGGAGACGCUCAACACCUCGACUGUCAUAGAGGAUGCUGGUGGCCUGCAGUGGUGGAUGGUUCUGUGCCUGUUGUGCGCCUGGAUUGUGCUCUAUGUCUGCUGCAUCCGGGGUAUUGAGACCACUGGCAAGGCUGUGUACGUGACUUCCACCCUGCCCUAUGUGGUCCUCACCAUCUUCCUCAUACGAGGCUUGACUCUCAAAGGUUCUGUGAGUGGGAUAAAGUUCCUCUUCACCCCAGAUGUGGAUGAGUUAGCAAACCCAGCAACCUGGCUGGAUGCAGGUGCUCAGGUUUUUUACUCCUUCUCCUUGGCAUUUGGGGGUCUCAUCUCUUUCUCCAGCUACAACUCUGUUCACAACAACUGUGAACAGGAUGCUGUAAUUAUUUCAAUAAUCAAUGGCAUCACUUCAGUCUAUGCUGCCACUGUCAUCUACUCCAUCAUUGGUUUCCGGGCAACUGAACGGUUUGAUGACUGCCUUGGAGGAAAUAUCUUGGCACUGAUGAAUGCAUUUGAUAUCCCUGAGGGUAACAUCACAGACAGUAAUUAUGACGAAGUUUUUCAGAAUCUCAACAGCACAUUUCCUGAAACUAUUCAGAGCCUUAACCUCAAAACCUGUGAUCUAAACACCUUCCUCAGUGAGGGUGUCGAGGGCACUGGUCUGGCCUUUAUUGUGUUCACAGAGGCAAUCACCAAAAUGCCCGUAUCCCCGUUGUGGUCCAUUCUGUUCUUCAUCAUGUUGUUCUGCCUGGGGCUCUCUUCUAUGUUUGGCAACAUAGAGGGAGUCUUAGUACCUCUACAGGACCUCAAUGUCAUCCCCAAAAAAUGGCCAAAGGAGUCUAUCACUGGUUUAAUAUCUCUAGUGUCCUUCCUCAUCGCCCUCAUAUUUGUACAGCAGUCAGGAAACUACUGGCUGGCGCUUUUUGACAACUUUGCCGGUUCAAUUCCAUUACUGAUCAUCGCCUUCUGUGAGAUGGUGGCUGUGGUUUACCUUUAUGGGAUAGACAGGUUUAACAAGGACAUUGAGUUCAUGAUUGGCCACAAGCCCAACAUUUUCUGGCAGGUCACAUGGAGGGUUCUCAGCCCUCUGAUAAUGCUGGUCAUUUUCCUCUUCUACUUUGUAACGAAAGUCAGUGCGGAGCUCACCUACAUUGCAUGGAAUCCAGAAUCGAAAAACUUCCCCACUCUGGAGAAGCUCCCAUACCCAGACUGGAUUUAUGCAAUUAUAUUCAUUCUGGCUGGUGUUCCUAGCCUUGUUAUUCCCGUCACCGCACUGGUUAAGUUCAUCAGGAACCGAUGCUGUAAAAAAGACCAUGACCAUGAAAUGAACCACAUCAAUACGGUGUCAGCAAAAAUACAGAUGAGCGACAACCAGUCCAUGUAGCUGCCUCCUAGAAGCAAAAAUUAAUAUUAAAGG